UGCAGUGUUUCCACAUUAUAUUUUAUCUCUAUUUACUAUUUGCAACCGCUUCGAUUGGUUUGUUUUCCAUUUUUUUGACAAAUGAUAAGAUGCUUUCCUAUGAUCUCAACGAGCGUUUACUAAGCGCCGUGCACAGCGGCGACUUUGGCCAGGCCUUGGAUUGUAUUCUGGAAGGCGCCCAGGCCACCUACGUCUCGGCCACAUGUGGGCGCACAGCUGUGGGCACGGCCGCUCUGCUGGGCGAUGCUGAGCUUCUCGAGCUGCUCGUUCAAUCCUGCGAGGAGCCGCAACUCAAUGUCUACCAUCAAACCCAUGCCGAUGCUCUGGAGAUAGACAUUACGCCCGAGGGCAUGGAGAAACUUGAAUGGGUGGACGAGUUUGAAGGCGAAAGCUGGAGCUCGGAGAAUACAGAAGGGGGCGGAGGAGGCGGUGGUGGUGGGGCAGUGGCCGGCGAGGAUUCGCAAUUAUAUCACUACUAUGCGAAGACCUUUGAGAAUACGGGAGAGUUCCUGACGCAAUGCUGCGCCAGUUGCCGUGAACAGGAUCCACAUAUCUAUGAUUCGGAUUUGGUGACGCCGCUGCACUAUGCCGCCGCCUGGGGUCAUGUGGAAUGCGUUGCUGUGCUGCUCAAGCACCAGGCGCCCAUCAAUGUGGUCAAUAGCGAGGGCUACACGCCGCUGCAUGUGGGCGCCGGCAACGUGGAGGUCACUCGCCAGCUGAUCCAGCAUGGCGCUUUGGUCAACUCGAAGACGCUGAGCGAUGGCAAGACAGCGCUGCACUUGGCCAUCGAGAACCGAUGCAGCGAGGCGGCUCGACUGCUGCUGCAGACGAACAUCAAUUUCAACGAAACGGACGACGAGGGCGAGACGCCUUUGAUGCUGGCCAUUGCUUGCAAUCUUUUGGAGCUGGCCACAGAGCUGAUCGAGCGUGGAGCGCGCGUCAACCUGCAAGACAAGGAGGGAUAUACGGCACUGUACUUCGCAGCCAUCGGCCGGCAUCGGCAGCUGGCGAAACUCCUGCUGGAGCGUGGCGCACGACGGCUGCCAGGUCAUCAUCUGCUGCAUCAGUGCCUCGGCCCGGAUGCCGAGGACCGGGCCAUGGUCGAGCUGCUGCUGCAGCAUGGCGAAAGCCUGAGUGUCAGGGAUGGCGAUAAUCUGACUCCCAUCAUGCGUGCCAUAUACCAACAGCUGCCGGAGCUGCUUGAGUACCUGCUGGAUCAGGCAGACCAGCAGCGCCUGCUCGGCCUCUACACGGAUGCCCAGGAUGUGGGCCUGCUCCUGUUCGCUGUGCAGCAAAUCGAAGAGCUGUCCGCAUUUCGUCGGAUUCUGCGUGUUCUGCUCGCCAAGCUGCCCAGCGCUCGCAGGGAUCUGUAUAGCUACCAGGCGCCAACGGUCGUCUGCGGCUUCGUCUACAGCGAAACGCCCUUGGCUCGUGCCAUCAGCCUGCAGCGCCUGGACAUAGCUCAGCUGCUGUUGCGAGAGGGCUGCAAUCUCUCGCAGAUCUCGUGCGAACAUGUUCUCAACGAGCUCCGGUCGCAUUGCACUCAUCAGAGCUUGGCAUUUGCUGAACUUUUGGGACACGUUGGCAUCAAGUUCUCCCCGCCCACCGAAUCGAGUGACACUUCCCAGCCAGCCACGCCCGCACGCUUAGCCUUCGACCAGAACAUGCGUCAGCUGAGCACACAGCCACGUUCGCUGCAGUCGCUCGCCCGCCAGGUGAUACGCCAGCAAUUGUUGCAAGCGCUGCAGGCCAACGCCCAGCUGCACGCGCAGCAUCCACCAACGAACGAGAGCUCCACGUUGGCACGCAUCGUCGACGAGCAGCUGUGCAUGCCGCAAACGUUGAAAAGAUAUCUCAGCGAAUUUUCCGAUGUGCCGGCAUUGCGAGGAGCCCAUUUAACUAGUCAAAUAAUACGAUCAGCUGAAUCGUGGGAUUAA